AUUUGUAUUAUUGCAACACUUGUACACGCUAUUGUAACGAAUCAUUUAAAAACUAGUCAUUUAUAAUACAUUGUGUAUGCUUGUAGCUUACACGUAAACACGAGGAAAGCGUGCCUGAUAUAAAAAAAUUACGAAAUUGUACGUAACAACGAUCAUAUUAUGUGAAGAACAACAGCGGCUUGUUAAAAUGAUGUUUUCCACGCAAAAUACCAUUAUUUUAUCAGUUGUUGCAAUAUUUUAUUUGGCACAACUUAUAACUUGUGCAGACCCUGAACCUGCUUCAGUACCUGAAGACCCUACAAAAUCAGGCACAGUAAGUAAUGGUGGCUCAAAUACAUCAGAACCUGCUAAAAUAGCUCAACCUUCACCGAUAAAUAUUGCGACGACACCAACUUCAACCCAACAAUCAUCAGCAACACCAAACAAAGAAAGCGUAUUAUGUAAAAUUAUUUGUACGCCCUUGAUACUUUUUAAAGAAGCAGUUAAAUCAAUUUGGAAAGGUCUAUUAAUGGCCAAGGACAACAUUAUUUCCAUAUAUAGAGCACCGGUUAGAACUGUCAACAACGUCGCCGGCUGAUUUAUUUUAAAUUAUCUGUCUUAUCGUGUGAUUUGUUAUCAUUAAAAUGUCUAAUAACAGAAAGAAUAGAUAAUACUUCGUUUUCAUUCUGUGAUCUUACAUCCAACAUAUAUUACCUAAUAAUAAAUAAAAUUUAAACUUAAGUAUAUUA